AUGGAAAACCAUAUCCUGGACAUUGCCAAAGAAGCCAGCAUCUACGAUCGUAUUGGUUCACAUGAAAGGAUGGUACGGAAGUUAGGUCACUCCAGAGAUGGCCUGGUUCUUGAAUAUAUGAAAACCGGUGAUCUCAAGACGUAUCUCCAAGCUCAAAACUCGAUUCCAAUAAGCCUGAAGUUAAAGUGGGCAUUUCAAAUUGCGCAAGCUGUCUCUCUUCUGCAUACACACAACAUAAUCCACUGCGAUCUCAAACCCCGGAAUUUCCUCUUGGACGCAAGUCUCGAUAUCAAAAUCAUCGACUUUUCCGGCUCUUCGCUAGAUGGAUCUAAACCAGCCUCUGGCGAGGGAACUCGGUUCUAUCUCCCACGUGAUUGGAGAGACCCACCUACCGUGGCCACGGAUCUGUUUGCGCUUGGAUCGACUCUUUACGAGGUUUUUCAAGAAACCAGUCCCUACGAAGAUGUGCCUAGUGAUCAUGUGGAAGUGCUUUUCAAGGGAAAUGAGUUUCCUAGUGUUUCUGAUAUUCCAUGUGGACAAAUCAUCAAGCAGUGCUGGUUAUCCCAGGUCGAUUCAGCCCAAUGUGUGCAGGAUUUUAUCCAAAACAUGAUUUGUAACAAACUCAACGUCGACUGUAUCCCUCAUCCCGAUGGGUUGGACAUUGAUCGGGAUAUGUAG